AUGGGGGAAAGAGAAAGAAGUCCAGAUACUGGUAAAGAAAGUAGGGCAGGCAGACACUAUUACUCUUACUGUUCAUCUGAUUUUGGAGCUACACCACAGUCUUCUGGCCGGUCAUCGCUGGUCCAUCCCUCCUCACCUGCAAGUAUUAAGGGAAAAAAUCCUAAAAAACAAAUUUCAGACAGCCAAGCGCAUCAUCAAGUCCCUAGGAAACCAAGCCCUAAGGGUCCACCAAACAGAAGGGGAGUCCGAGUGGGAUUUCGCUCCCAGAGCCUCAAUAGGGAGCCACUUCGGAAAGAUACUGAUCUUGUUACAAAACGGGUUCUUUCUGCAAGACUGCUAAAAAUCAAUGAAUUGCAGAAUGAAGUAACUGAACUCCAGGUCAAGUUAGCUGAGCUGCUAAAAGAAAAUAAGGCUUUGAAAAGGCUUCAGUAUAGGCAGGAGAAAGCCCUGAAUAAGUUUGAAGAUACAGAAAAUGAAAUCUCACAACUUAUUGCUCAUCAUAACAAUGAGAUUACAGCACUCAAAGAACGCUUAAGAAAAUCUCAAGAGAAAGAACGGGCAACUGAGAAAAGGGUGAAAGAUACAGAAGGUGAAUUAUUUAGGACAAAACUUUCCUUACAGAAACUGAAAAAGAUCUCUGAAGCUAGACACCUACCUGAACGAGAUGAUUUAGCAAAGAAACUCGUUUCAGCAGAGUUAAAAUUAGAUGACACCGAGAGAAGAAUUAAGGAACUAUCAAGAAACCUUGAGCUAAGUACUAACAGUUUCCAGCGACAGUUGCUUGCUGAAAGGAAAAGGGCAUAUGAGGCUCAUGAUGAAAAUAAAAUUCUUCAAAAUGAGCUACAACAACUAUAUCACAAAUUAAAGGAAAAGGAGAGAGAACUGGACUUAAAAAACAUAUAUUCUAAUCGUCUGCCAAAGUCUUCUCCAAAGAAAGAAAAAGAAAUUACAUCAAAAAAAAAUGCUGCAUGCCAGAGUGAUUUUACAAACCAGUGUACAAAAGAAGUACAAACCAGCGAAGACUUCGAGCUGGAGGAAUAUCCUAUAACACCACAAACACUUAUGUGUUACGAAAACAAAUGGAAAGAACCUGAACGUCUUUCUUUGGAUCUGGAAUCUCAAGAGAGAGAUGAUCAUGAAGAAGCAGGGAUUCUAAACCCACUUGUGGAAAGAGAAGACAAAUUUGUUAAAGAUCAAGGACUCCAUGCUGUGAAACAGGAGGCUGAGAAGCUGGAGGAUGAGCGGGAAAGAGAAGAACUUGCUAAAAAGCAGAAGGAAAAGACAUCUUUGUUGGAGAGAGAAGAAAAGCCAGUGUUGGAAACUGGAAGAUACCAAAUGGAAACGUACCAAAUUCAAAAUACUGAUAAGUUGGAAGAAGAGGAAGAAGAAAGGCUAAAGAGAGAAAUGCUACUUGCUACACUGAAUGGAAUCAGCAGAGAACUCCAAGGUUCUUGGAAUCGAAAAUAUCCUUCUCUGCCAUUGCUUCCUGAUGUGGAAUCAAAACUGCGCUCCCCAGAGAGAAACCCCAAAACACACACAUUCUUUGAAUCCUCAGAGAGAUUAUUUAAUGGGCAUCAUUUGCAAGACAUCAGUCUUUUCAGUACAAAAGGCGACGGUCAGAAUCCGGGCAGUAUCAGAAAACCAGCCUCUCCAGAUGAGCUUGCAUUUGGUAGCUAUGUGCCUUCAUUUGCGAAAAGAUUAGGGAAGACAAAUCCAGUUAGCCAAAAAAGUAGCCUUUUGGAUUUCCAAAGAAACAAUAUAGAGAAAUUUCGUAAAGACAGCGUCGAUUUAAUUACAAGAAAAGAGAAAAAAGCUAAUCUGAUGGAACAGCUAUUUGGUGCCAGUGGCGGCAGCAGCACUUCCUCUAAAAGCAGUGACCCAAAUUCUCUGGCUGCCACCAAUGUAGACUUUGACCCUCUAAAUUUUCUCCCUGGGGAUAAAAGCGGCAGGGGUAGGGAAUAUGAUGAUGACGAGGACUUCAGCGAAGGAAGAAGUUUUAAUCCAAAUAGACGCCAAUUAAAACAUGCAAACAGUAAACCAGCAGUAAAAGCAGCUGACUCUGUAGAAGAUGAAAUUGAAGAAGUGGCCCUGAGAUGA